ACAAUAAGAAUGUUUAAUAUUAAUUUUAGAUUUAUUUAGUCUGCAUUUGAUAUUAAACAUGACUAUCAAAAAUCUUUCUUUCAAAUCAUAGUUCGAAGUUACAAAACCUAAUUCAAUCUGGCUAUCCCUGGAUCUACGCGAGUGUUCAUCAAGGUUGAAUUUUGGCCGCGAAAAAGAAAAACACGUCCGACGCUUCAAACAAAAUUGGAACGAAUCAAAAAUGAAUUUCACCAAUAAAGAACAGUAUCUUGAGCAUGGCAAAUUACUCUUUGACAAGCUGGGUAUCGCAAUUUUGAGUCCUCGUUGUAUGCCAUCUGUCCCCGAUCGCCAUAUUGAUGAUGAUGAAUAUUUAUCUGAUAUAUUUACAGACCUCGAUGAAUUCAAAUCAAAUAAAGAUAUUUUUAAAAUCCUCGAGGAUAAGAAGAAAAGCUAUAUCCUGUCUUUAUGCGAAGUUAAUAUCAGUCACAAGCAGUUGCAAAUGUGGAAUCCGCAGCACUCACCUGAAGAUUGUGCUCAAACAGCAAAUAUACCAAACUGUUCCCUUGAACACAGAGGAAAGGUUGAAGCCAGAAACGAUUUCAUUGUGUUCGGUGAGGAUUUUAUUGUUUUGAUACAAGUAGUCAACAGAAAAGCCCCCAAUUACGAUGCGACCACUUUUCCAGAAAAAAUUAGAACAAAAGAACUCGAUCAGUUCAAAACUGUUCAGCUAAUUCAAAGUCUCGAAAAAGUUUGUUUGCAAGACAAAACGAAAGAGAGGGAUAUUAGAGUAUUUAGGUUCUUUGCUUACCCGAAAGAAAAUGAACCUCAGUGUGUCAAGCUUAUAUCUUCCUCGGCAGCCUCCGUUGAAUCUGCAGAAAACCGAGAGCAUUCUUGUAACGAGCACUGCAUUCCUGUUAUCGUGAAGGAGGACUGGCACAAUAUAGAGCAUUGGUGGGAGCAAAAUAUUGUUGCCACUGAAGUGAAACCCUUCUGCAUCGUAAAAAGCAAUGUUAUACCUGUUAUACAUGUCAUGCUUGCAAUUCGUACUGUGAAAGACGAGAACUUAGGUACAUACGACAUCAUGGCGAGUCAUCAUUUCAGCAUAACUAAUGUUGAGCCUCAAAAGCCAGCUAAGCGAGUAAAUUUGAAAAAACAGUCUCCGGAUGAAUCGUAUUAUGAUACACUGCCUCGGAAAAAAGGCAGAGUUUUCAGGCCCACACGUCACGAGGGGCAGUUCAAAUACGAACAUUUUCGGUUUAUAGAUAGGAACAGUUUUGCCAAAUACUUCGAGACAGAAAUAAAGCUGGAAAAAAUAACUGAAUACUUUGAAGUUGGUGAAAAAUUUUUUGGAGCAUUUCGAAUGAACGAUGGCUUUGCGGAGAUGUUCCCAAGUUGUCCCAAACAGCAGUACAUCGACUUAUAUUCAGAGGACGAGCGUUCAAAAGCAGCCACCUCUUCCAACAUUGUCACUGAUCAUCAAAAACAACAAGAUUACGAAGCGGAAGUGUUAGUAUUCCGAGCACUUGAACGAAUUCAAGCUGAACAAAUAACUGUGCUCCACGGUGCAAAGUACACUCACUAUCAAUACAGGAUGUUUUGUCAACAUUCUCCAAAAGGAUGCCAUGGUUGUAAAAAGAGCAGACUUCACGCCGAUGAAGGUGAAAACGACUUUGUGAUAUUUGGACCCAACUACAUCGUGCUAAUCGAAGUCAAAAACGCUUUUUGCGAAAUUUCAGAUCGUAAUUCAGUCAAAAAGUUUGUACAAUCGGCAGCAAAGCAACAAGAUAGAGUGGUUGAAAUAAUCAAAGGAAUCAUAGCAAACAACUGGGAAUUUGAUGAUGUAACGCCUCUGCAGCAUAGCGAUAUUCCCUUAAAGGUGCUUCGUUUUGUGGCAUUUCCGGGAAGCACCACAAGACCAGACCUUGUUGACUGUGGCGUUGAAAAUGACAUAAAGGACAUAAUUGCAACUGAUUUGGAAAACUUUGCUAGCUGGUGGAAACUAAAUGUAAGGAAACAAGUCAAUGAAAUGGAUUUGCAGUUUCAAAAUCACAUCGAAAUUGUGAGAAACGUUUUCUUGUCACUGUGGGCGGUAGCAAACAAUCAAAUCAUUGAUAGCUCAAAGCUUGGCUUGUAUAACGAAGUUUUUGAAACCGACAAAAAACUCAAAGAAAGUGAAAUAACUUUUGAGGGAAAACGAACAGACUCAACAAACCCCAAUGUUUUUAAAACUUCCAAAAUGCCCCUUAAAACAUCCGAAAAAGAUGAAAUCGAUGUCGUCGCAAAGAAAAUUUUCCACGAUGUCCUUGGCAUUAGAUAUAUAACCAAAGAGCAGCUAAACGCUUACGAAAAUGAGUCAGAGCACAUCAUAAUCACUGGUUGCACCGGAUCUGGAAAAAGUUGCAUUUUGCUGGCGAGGUUUUUUCGUCACAUUCUGGAAGACCUUAAUUCGAAGUUCAUUCUUGUAGUUUUUAACCAAAAACGGCUAACUGAUUAUGAAGCACUUUUGAAAAAGAUUGGCAUCGACUGUGUAAACGUUAUGAUAGAAUUAUUCGACCCAAGAUUAUGGCAAGGAAGAGUGAUUGUUGUUCAUUGCAGUUCAAACUUAAACGAUUUGCAAAGCAGUCAGUUGGUCGAAAUUUUGAUCAGCGGAGCUGUUGUAUACAUUGAUGAUGCACAUGCAUCCUACAUCGACUUCUCGUUGUUCCCUUGCGCAUGUUUAACAUUCGACUUCAACCAAAGUUUUCUAAAACGAGAUCAAAUGCAACCUUGGGAAUCCCUUCACGUAUUUCAUGUGAUGCAGCUGAGCCGCAACUUGCGCAGCACGAGCUGCAUAGCAUCCACCCUUACAAGCUUGUCUAAAUUCAUGGAAUCAAAAGAGGCCACACAGUCCCUGCAACUCAAAAACGAGCCACUAUAUUCCACAUAUCAUCCGAUCCCUGGUCACUUGAUUCAGGGACCACAAUUGUUCAUUGAAGUUUGCCAUGCAUCAAUUCGGGAACCCCACUUCAGAGACACAAUCGAAUCAUUGUUGCCAACAAUUCAAUAUUCGACGAAAUCUUUGUUCACUUCUGGAUUUGUUGUCCUAGACACAAACGACAGCUGGUUUCUCAAAAACAUUAGACACGUUUUGCGAACCUUUUUUGUGCGAGAUAACAUCGUAUACGCCGAACCAGGAAAACAGAAUAUCUGUUCAUUGGAGUUUCCUGUUUGUUAUAUUUUCUAUCAGUUCGUCGGAAUUGACGACAAUUCGCUACGAUUACUAUUCAAUGCUAUGUCUCGAGCGAGAGCCUAUUGUCAUGUUCUGAUUUAUCCUGAUGAAAAAAAUGACAGAAUAUACGAUGAACUGGAAGAAUUUUUGCAGGUCUUUAAAAACAACAAAGUAAAACUGUGCUGUGCAAACGAAAUAGAUCAAAACCUACAAAACAGUGCUGCCGAUAUAUCAUCAUUUAAAAAAUCAACUUUACUGAGACAACGUUUGGAAAUCUUUCGACUGGGCUUGGAAAUUGAUUGCUUUAAGCGAGACGGCUUUGCCAUUAUGAUGCCAGCAUGUCCAAAAAUAGCAAAACUGAAUUCUCCCGGAGCCGAAAACAUUAUCGAAGACUACCAAAUAGAAGUGACAAUCUACAGAGCAUUGGAACAGCUUAAGUAUCGAAAUCUCUCAGAUGGAGUCACACGCCUUCCUAAUGUAGAUCGUCUCACAGUUUUCCAAGGUUUAAAGAUCUCGCACCAUCAAUACAAGCUGUGGAGGUCACUUGAUAACAAUAAAGAAAAUAGUUCUUCGAAAUCUGACAACCAUAAGUGGGACGCUGACCCGUUGACUUCUUACGUAGACGAGCACGACUUUGUAGUAAUUGGAUCAAACUUCAUUGUGCUCAUUGAGAUUAAAAAGGUAUCAUCAGAUUUAUCGAAAUUUCUCGAGGCUGCGACAAAAAAGCAAGACCAGCUACUGUCUGUAAUUAAAGAGAUUUCGAGUGAGUCUUUCCAGAUACACGAUUUAGAAGAAACUGAGGACCCGUGGUUUUUCAGGCUCGAAAACGAAGAUCGUUUGCGACACAAUUCUUUUCCAUACAGAGUUUUCAGAUGCGUCGCGAUUUCCAACAUGACAGAAAUUCACAAAGAAGCACCCAGUUUCAAUAAAUCAUGCUUCAGCAACCUGAGAGAUGACCAGUCUCUAAGCAUUGGUUUGUUGAAAAGUAGCAAUGGCUGCUACGAUUUUCCAAACUCGGACAAUCAUAGGAACUUCGACAACUGGUGGAAACAGAACAUAGAAGCAGUUUAUUGCAGUGAUCAUGCAGUGACGCUGCAAGGAAACCUUUUCAGGGUUCAAGUUGCUCUCAGUGCUAUGCUUUCUACUAAUGAAAGUGGAAACAGAAAUUUCGAUAGCUGUAUGUCGGAGAUAGAAAAAUCACUUCAAGAGGGCAAAAUUUCUUUCGAAAACAGAAUCAGUGAAGCAAACCGAGCUAGUGUUGAAUCGUCUGAAAUCCUCCGCUCAGCGGAAGUGAUUGACAAAAAUAUUUUCAGCCAUUUUUUAGGUUAUAGCUAUUUGACACUUGAACAGAGGUGUGCUUACGAAAAAGAGUCUGAGAGCCUUGUCAUUACUGGAUGUGCAGGAUCUGGAAAGAGUGCUAUUUUAAUAGCAAGACUUAUACGUGAUAUACUGACAACAAACAAAAAAGGAUUUCUGCUCCUGGUUUUCAGUGCUAAGAAAGUCGCAGAGUACAAAAAAGUAUUUGCUGAUGCUAGUAUUGAAACGUUCGAUGCAUCGGAGAAACUCUUUUGCGAUGCAAAUCUUUCUCGAGGCACCAGGUUAGGCAUUUACUACUGCAAUCACAUGAUCACAGAUGAUACAGCGGAACACUUAAAAACGUUAAUGAGUGAAAUGAUUGUGUAUGUUGACGAUGCGCACGCUUCCAUGUCGAGCAUCAAUUUUUUUUCUUUCCACUGCGCUUGCAUCGCGUUCGAUGUUUUCCAAUGUAAUUUGCCAUCCCAGCAAUUGAAUUGUUGGGAUCAAACAUACAACUGUGAUAUCGUUUCUUUGAAAUACAAUUACCGCAGCACGUCAAAUGUUGUGUACAACUUGCAGAGACUUUACGAGUUUAUACAGAAAGAAAAUGAUGAUGAGCUGAGUUUCACGAAAGACUCGCUAUUCAUUCCGCAUUAUCCUCUACCUGGUCAUUUCAUUCAUGGACCACAAACAAUUGUCGAUAUAUGCUAUGAGUCUUUGUUUGAUGACGAAGACUACCAGUUUCGUGUUUUUGAUCUCAUCCACUAUAAACUGUUAUCAUUGCUACGUGACAGUCAACAACCUUUGUUUUUCCACCGUUUUUUUCUGGAUAUUGACGAAAAACAUUGUCUUCUUAAAAAUUUACUUGGAUUAUCCUCAAAACGAUUAUUUGAUGACAAUGAGUGCAUCAUGAUCCACCCAUUGGAGGCAGAUCUUUACUCUAAUGAGUUCAGUGCGUGUAUAAUCUUGAUAAAUAUUUCCGACUUAGACAGAAAAAAACUCCGCCUACUCUACAAUGUCAUGUCAAGGAGCAGAGUGUUCUGUUAUAUCAUUCUGUUUCAUGACACAUCACUCAUAUCUGAAGUCAGCCUGGACAACUUUUUGGGGAUUUUCGACAACGCGAAGAUAACCCAUUAUGACUUAAUCAAAAGAAAAAAAUCAGGAGAAAAAACGCGAGUUUUUGAAGCCAAUACAUCUGUGAAAAUCAACACAGAUCAAGCACUUGACCAAACUGAUUACCAGUCAAAAGCAUCAGAAAGUAAUGACACUAAAAUUGAAAACAAUACUUCUCUGAAAACCAACACAGAUCAAGCAGUUGACCAAACUGAUUGCCAGUCAAAAUCAUCAGAAAGUGAUUACCCUAAAAUUGAAAACAAUAAUUCUCUGAAAACCAACACAGAUCAAGCACUUGACCAAACUGAUUACCAGUCAAAAGCAUCAAAAAGUAAUGACACUAAAAUUGAAAACAAUACUUCUCUGAAAACCAACACAGAUCAAGCACUUGACCAAACUGAUUACCAGCCAAAAGCAUCAGAAAGUAAUGACACUAAAAUUGAAAACAAUACUUCUCUGAAAAUCAAAACAGAUCAAGCAGUUGACCAAACUGAUUGCCAGUCAAAAUCAUCAGAAAGUGAUUACCCUAAAAUUGAAAACAAUACUUCUCUGAAAACCAACACAGAUCAAGCACUUGACCAAACUGAUUACCAGUCAAAAGCAUCAAAAAGUAAUGACCCUAAAUUUGAACACAAUACAUCUCUGAAAACCAGCACAGAUCAAGUAGAUGACAGGAAAGCUGAUAGAUUCAAAGCAAACGUUGAAUUGUUAUCUGAAAAGGCAGACUCUUCUGGUCAGUUCGUGUAUAUACCUCUUGAUGACUCUCCUUAUUCUCUGUCCGCAAAUGGACAAUUUAAAGAAACACAUUCCUCUGCGUCUAGAGCUGUCAAAGGUGUUUACAGAGUUAAUAUCAGACAGCUUCAGCUAAAGAAUGUGCAAAACGGAAUUUUUCCGCAGCUGAAAAGUUGGCUCUUAGUCUUAUUUCCGCAUCUAGCAUCUAGUGGAACUGAUUUAAGUGUGCGAUGGAGAGAUUCUGACGGUGAUAAAAUUCCGUUUUCAUCAGAUCAAGAGCUGCAAGAUGCGCUGAACCAAUCUGCAGUGGGAGGUUUUUUGGUCUUCGUGGAGCAUUUAAAGCCUUUGGACCUAUUGAAUUCCUUGCAGCCAUCAGUUUCAGACGAUCCCGUCGUUUGUAAUUCAAAUACCCCUCCUGACAUGGGCAUGCUUCAUCCUGUACACGCGGAAGUUCAAUGCGACAAUUGCCACCGUUGUCCUAUUUUUGGCACACGGUACAAAUGUAAAACUUGUGAUGAUUUUGAUCUUUGUCACUCAUGCAUGUUAAAAGGAACUCAUAACCCGAAUCACAAAUUUUGGAAGCUUUAAUUCCUUCUGAGCGAUGUGUGAUCGGCAACAAAUCUCAAAGAUGAGAUGUAGAGCUUCUAGUUCUUUUGACCCUUGCGACAAGCAAGAAUAUUGUAAUCGGAAACUAGACA